AUGUCGACGUUUGGCUCGCAUUUCCGUGUGACGACGUACGGGGAGAGCCACUGCGCCUCGGUGGGAGCUAUCAUUGAUGGUUGUCCGCCCGGCUUGCUGCUCGCACAGGAGGACAUUCAGGCCCAGCUGAACAGGCGCCGUCCCGGCCAGAGCGCGCUCACCACACCCCGCGACGAGAAGGACCUCGUCCACCUCCAAUCCGGCGUCGAGCACGGCGUCACCCUCGGCACGCCCAUCGCCCUCCUCGUCAAGAACGAGGACCAGCGCCCGCACGACUAUUCCGAGACCGACCUCUACCCCCGCCCGUCCCACGCCGACUACACCUACCUCCAGAAGUACGGCGUCAAGGCCUCCUCCGGCGGUGGCCGUUCCAGCGCGCGCGAGACCAUCGGCCGAGUCGCCGCCGGCGCGAUCGCCGAAAAGUACCUCAAAACGGUGUACGGCAUCGAGAUCGUCGCCUUCGUCUCCUCCGUCGGCAAGAUCCACCUGCCCUACGUCGCCGCGCCCCCGUCCAACGCCGUUCCCGCCGAUAACGAUGACGCCGACCACGACGACGACGCGCACGACGCGCUCUCGCCCGAGUUCGUGCAGCUCCUCAACACCGUCACCCGCGCCGACGUCGACCGGCACCCGACGCGCUGCCCGCACCCCGAGACCGCCGAGCGCAUGACCAAGCGCAUCCUCCGCGCCAAAGACGCCCAAGACUCCAUCGGCGGCACCGUCACCUGCGUCGUCCGCCGCGCGCCCGCCGGGCUCGGCGAGCCCGUCUUCGACAAGUUCGAAGCCCAGCUCGCGCGCGCGAUGCUCUCCAUCCCCGCCACCAAAGGGUUCGAGCUCGGCUCCGGCUUCCGCGGGACGGAGGUGCCCGGAUCGCGCCACAACGACGCGUUCGUCGUCAGGCCCGACGGCUCCCUCGGCACGGCCACCAACUGGUCCGGCGGCGUCCAGGGCGGGAUCACCAACGGCGAGCACAUCUACUUCCGGGUCGGAUUCAAGUCGCCCGCGACGAUCACGCAGGCGCAGGCGACGGCGCAGUACGACGGCACGCCCGGCACGCUGGCCGCGCGCGGGCGACACGACCCCUGCGUCGUCCCGCGCGCGGUGCCCAUCGUCGAGGCGAUGGCGAGCCUCGUCGUCAUGGACGCCCUCCUCGCGCAGAGCGCCCGCGCCGCCGCCGCCGCGCGCCUCCCGCCCGUCACCACGCUCCCGCCGACGAUGGUGCUCCCCAAGCGCUCGCAGUAG